UUUUUUUUUGUUUUUUUUUGGUUGGUUACUGUUGCAUGUACAAAAUGUGCAGUGCCUGGAUCUCCUCCUACCCUUAAAAAAAGAAAAAAAAGAAGAAAAGAAAUUCUAAGGAGUAGUGAUGAUCAGGAUGCUGGCUUAGGCAACAUGGUGGAGUGGUGUUUACCUCAAGAUAUUGAUUUGGAAGGCGUGGAAUUCAAAUCCAUGGCAAGUGGGUCCCACAAAAUCCAGUCAGACUUCAUUUAUUUCCGGAAAGGGCUCUGUUUUGGCCUGGCCUGCUUUGCCAACAUGCCUGUGGAGAGUGAGUUAGAGCGUGGUGCCCGUAUGAAGUCUGUGGGGAUUCUGUCUCCUUCUUACACCCUGCUUUAUAGGUACAUGCACUUCCUGGAGAACCAGGUCAGACACCAGCUGGAGAUGCCAGGGCACUACUCCCAUCUAGAGGCAUUCUAUGACGACAAGAAAGGUGUUCUCCCUGAUAGCAAAGGCACCACCACCUCCCAGCAGCCGGUCCACUGGCUGCCGUCCAUCCACAGAUACAUGUAUCCUGAGAUGAAGAUCACACACCCUGCUGGCUGUAUGUCUCAGUUCAUCAAAUUCUUUGGUGAGCAGAUUCUUGUCCUCUGGAAGUUUGCCCUGCUGCGCAAGCGCAUAUUGAUAUUUUCACCACCCCCAGUUGGAGUUGUCUGCUACAGAGUGUACUGCUGCUGUUGCCUUGCCAACGUUUCUCUACCUGGUCUUGGAGGAACUGUCCCAGAAUCCAAACCAUUCUUCUAUGUGAAUGUGGCAGACAUAGAAAUGCUGGAGACAGAAGUAUCAUAUGUGGCCUGUACAACAGAAAAGAUCUUUGAGGAGAAACGCGAUCUUUAUGAUGUCUACGUAGACAACCAGAAUGUGAAAACACAUCACGAGCAUCUGCAACCACUCCUGAAAAUUAACAGUGCUGACAAGGAGAAAUACCGACGGCUUAAUGACCAGAGGCAGAUGUUAAUGUAUUCUCAAGAGGUGGGUGAGGACUGUAGCUCCUGUGAAGAGGAUCUUUUCAUCUUGUUUUUUAUGGAGCAGAACAACCGCAUAUUUCAGACACUGAUGGAGGUGUCAGCCAGCCAGGACAAGACCCUGACAGCUGACCACGCACGAGGCAUGGGCCUGGAUCCCCAGGGGGAUCGAAGUUUCCUUAUGGACCUACUGGAAGUGUAUGGCAUUGAUGUUAUGUUAGUCAUUGACAACCCCUGCUGCACUUAAACCAAGAGGAAGAGAAACGGGGAGCAAAGAUCACUUUUUAAAGACUACCAGACACUGCUUAGGAGCAUCACUGGAACUCACCACGGCCACUGGAUGGAUCUCAUUUUAUUUAAUAACUUUAUAUGGAAAGUAUUUAUAAUUUAAAAGAAAAUGUGAUUCUAUUUUUACCCCCUUGAUUUCCCCAAAGAGUACCCACUCCAGGUUUUUUGUUUGUUUGUUUUCAUCUCCUAUUCUUUUUCACUUGUGUUUUUUGUUUUGUUUAGAUAGGACCAAGUGGCAUCUCUGCACCAACCCUCACUGGUGCCAGUGAGCUAGGUUUUUGCCUACUCUGGAUGCGUGAGGGCUGAAGACUUCAGGAAAGCACUUUGUCUGAUGGGGACCAAUGUGAAAUGCUGCCGCUGAGCUCUCAAGACUUGGCUGGAAAACUCUACUGUCAUUCCCUCUUCCACUUGACUGAAGAGAGUUUCAGCACAGGCUAUUAGUGUCCCAGUAUCAUAAAACAUCUCCUGUUCCACCAUGUUUACGGGUGAGGACAGGUAAACAAAUGAUGAAGACCAGGACUCCUUUAAACACUCCUCACCAAACUUUUAGCAGCUGAAGUGGAAGAAAGCCACCCUUCCUCAUCAAUGACUGAAACAAAUUUGGGAUGAGGGGGUGCUAUAGGAUCUUAUGACUUUGCUUACCAGAGUGGCACUGUUUCAUUUCCAGCAUUUAAUACAAACAGUCUAUAAGACUAUACUUGCCUAUCUCACAGCUGGAAAAGAGCACUAUCUCUAUUUCAUCCCUCCUUCCACUUCCUCUGGUUUUCAGUUGUAUUGAACCUGCUCAUUUGGGUUAAUAUCUUCAAACCAGCAAGAUGUCCUCACAAAACCACUGAGUCGCCUCAGUGCUAUGCUCGCCAGCCUCAGUUCGGAUGAUGCUGGGCAGGAUCACUUUGAAGAAGUAUGCCCCUAACUAAUGUCACUAGCUCUUCCUUUGUAGCAGACAGUACUUGCCACUCCUUUGUUUCAACACUGUCUGCCACUCCUCCUUUGUCCAGCAGCCUUCAGAACUGCCUCCUCUGUCCUUGUCAUUGAGUAUGAGACAGAAAGCAGUAUGUGACCUUCUAGCUGGAAUGACUUUAAGGCUUAUAGGAGGUUCCCCUGGAAUUUGGUGUUGCUAAUUGGCUGGAAGCAAUGGCUAACAGUAAGCCUUUUUCUACCUGGACACACCAGCAUUUUCUCAUUCUUUUGCUGGGGAAAGAGCAGAAUUCAGUUUAUACAGGGCCAGAGGUUUCCUGCAGAAAGUCUAUGCCUGUGAAGGGUAAUCCUUUUGCCACGCAAAGUCCAAGAAUGGAACUAUGGUUGUAGGUGUGACAUAGUAUUUUGUCCAAAAUCCUUUAGCCAGUAGUAGCAUCAGCUUUAAGCUAACUGUUCCUUCAUGAACUACCAUUAUAGCUACUUAGUUGCUCCCUCUACCGUAAGGGACUUCAGCACCUUAGAGCCUGUCUGCAGUUUGUAGAAAUGCAAACUGUAGCUAGUGUUAUACAUUUACCACAGCAUUUUAUACAAUGAGACAGCAGCUGAACCUCUGAUGUCUCACCUGAUAAUUCUUCUUAAAAAUAAGUGAAGCAAGUGUUCCCCAAGUGGACUUCUUAUGGAUUGUGUCCCUCUGCAGGGAAAGAGGUUGGCAUUUUUUUCUUGAAGGCUAUCUGCAGCAAAGGAAUAGUUUUGCUUGCUGUGGAUUCAGAAGUUUCAAUGAGAUGUGGGAAUCAGAGGCCUCACAAGAUUUAUUGCACAGUUCAUUGGUAUGAACUUAAGCGGAUUAUGUUCUCGUGAUCUGUUUCCAAACAGUUGCUCCCCGUCUUGCUUUUCAGGACUUGGAAUGCUUUUCUACAGGGGAAAACACUGUUGCUUACACUGCCAGUUUUGGUGGGUUUUGUUUGUUUGUUUUUCAUUCAGGAAAGGUUUUGUUUUUAGAUUGACACCCAUGGUAUAAAAGUGACUCACCACCUCUAUGCCUUCUAGCUUCCACUUCAAUUCUAACACUCUGUCUGCAGUGAAGACCUCUGGGGACGUUUGGCAUACAUCAUAUUGCUGUGACUUCAUUUCCUUCAGAUAUUAAAAAAAAAAGAACUGAAACUACUUUCCAACAAUUCUUUUCAUUUUCUGUGUAGCUUAGCUGUGAUCAGCUGUUGAUGACUUUCUGUUCUCUUUGGUAUUAAUAAUUCUUUUGCUGAACCAAACAGGAACAAACCUUUAACUUGUCAUGGAAGUUCCAAAGCCUCAAAGUUUUUCUAACAAACUGCAUUACAGCACCUUGUUCACAAGCUGCCAGAACAUCAGGGCCAUGAGACAGCAAGCAGAACCUCCUGGCUUGAUCAUUUAACUUUUAUUUAACCUCUGCUUUUCAGAAACUAGGUCUUCAGUUGUCAGCCAGAGUGUGGGUGCAGUAGCAGCAAAGCAAGCAGGUUACUGUAAAAGUAACAUUCACGUUGCAUCCCAGCUUGAUAGCUACAGCCCAUGUUGCUCUUGUAAUUUUGUUUCUCUACAGCUUUUCUUGGAAGGAAGUCAGAAGUAUCCAAAUAGAAAACAGAACAAAAAGACUUAUCUAUCCAAAGCCUUCCUCAUUUGUUUCUUUGCAAAUGAAACUCUUCAUCUGCAGUAUCUUUUCCUAAUACGAUACUGCUUUUACUUGAUGUUGCACACAGAAAAUCCUAGAUAGAGCAGUAUGAAAUACAAAAGAAUGGCUAUAGCCUGUGCCACUAAGACCUGUUUAACAGGCUGGUUUUGUUUCCUAGCUUUUGAACCAAUUUCACUGAAUUUUAUCUGUUCAGGAGCUAACUAACUGUUUUACUUUGAAUUAAAUACAGACGUUUUAAAUUCCCCUCCUUGGAAAUUAAUAGCUGCUUUUUUGAAUACUGGCAGCUGGAGGGGAGUCAGUUAUUUGAUAUAUUUUAAACUAAAAGAGAAAGAAAAGUAUGCCAUAAGGUAGGAUAUUGACAAGUACUGUAAGAUUUCUUUUCCAAUUAAAGUACUUUGCCUUUACAGUGGUGCCUUUACUCUCUUGGUAUGACAUCUCUGGUUGGUUGUAAGUGAUCAGAGGCCAGUUAAAUGGUGAUUCUAGAAACCAUGUCUACCCCGUGCCCCAGUAAACAGGCUGGUAUAUUUCUUUCUCCUAUUGCCUUCCUAGUACAGCAAUUACAGGCAAGAGCAAGAACUUCACAGUUGCAUCUUUAGUUGCACUAGACACGUGUAAUUAAGUAAUGAAUUAUUGUUAUUUUUACUAUCUGGAGUAGAGGGUAAAGCUAGUUUUUUUAAGUCUCAGUAGGUGAUAUACAGCAUUAGACAUUUAAAUCAUGAGAAAAUCUCACUGCAAGUGUAGGGCAAGCAGCAUUGAGCCAAAUACAGCUAAGAACAAUAGUGGAUGCUAGGAAGGAGGCACUGUACUGAAUUAGAUUUCAGAUUCAUCUUAGACACAUGCUAACACACUCUUUUCUAGCUUAAAUUAAGUAGUUACUUAAGUAGUUAGAGGUAAUGAUGACAUCUGUCAGAGGAAAAUGAGCUCUCCUACCCAGCAUUCUGAAGGGUAAAAGGAGGUUCACCUUUUCAACAAAGUAACUUUACUGUACAUGCUCACCAAGUAAAGCAGCGUUGCUAUUACAGUUCUUCCAUUUUAAGUGCCAAAGUUCAUUGGCAAGAAGUUAGGAGUAGCAAUGGCCCUCAUGGGGCAAAGGACAGACAUGCUUUGGGAGGGAGAAAGGGAGUGGUUUCUGAAACAGCAGGGCAAAAGUACUCUGCCCUCUUGUGUUUACAUAGCAUGCUAACUACCCUAAAUUCUCUCAUCACAGCUGAAACUUCUAAUUUAGUUGCUGUUGGUUUUGGGUUGUUUUUUUUUGUUUUUUGACAUCACAGAAUGGCCUAAUGGCAGCGAACUGGGAUUUCAGAUCCUGAUUAAUGCAGCAUGCCAUUCAAAUGGAAAUGACUAAUUGUGGUUAAAAUAAACAGGUGCCUUGGGCUGGUUCAUUAUUAGGUUGUUAUCUUCAUUUUUAGUUAUGAUACGCUCUUUUAAGCCCUUCUAGAAUGUAGUGUACGUUGAAGCCAGGAUAAAUGUUCUCACGGAGUGGGACCCAGUGUUCUCCUCCUCCUUGUCUUGGGGUUCAUACAAAUAAAGCUGUUUGUCUUGCUGCCAGAUAGAAACAUGAGAACAGAGUCCUUUCCUCUAUACUGUAGGUAGUAGGUUCAGCCUCCACUUAUUUUAUGUUACGAUUUCCUCACAUCUUUCCCUCUGAAUAUUGCAAUUCAGAUAUUUAGAACCACUUCAUACUGAGAGACCUCUGAAUUGUGAAGGAAGAGGAAAAAAAUCACUUGAAUGAUAUUUAAAUAAGCUAUCCAACUUGCAUUGAUAUAAGUAUUUAAGUAUCAGCCUGUAUUUCAGACUGGCCUUGGUACUUCAACAUCAGCACAGCAUUACCAGCACCAGGUCUGAAAAGAGCUCUUGGUUACCCUUGAGUAAAGAAUCACACUGUUCAGAAGCCAUGGAUCUGGUAGUAGGUAAGGGAGUGAAUCAUUUUCCCCAUAAAUGAUCCAGAUGAACCAGAAGCUGUAGGUAUCACUUAGCCCCUUUAAGCAGGCUGGUUGUAGUUACAAGAGCUCUGGUGUUAUUUGCAUCUCGCAGAUGUGUGGUUGUUCCCAUAGGCCUGUGGUGUGGCUGUGUAGUAGAAGUGCUUACUAAUACAUAGGUAUUUUUUAAAACAAUUAAAGCUUACCUUUUUGAAAUGGCUGCUGCCUUGUCUUUCCUGCUACUUGGGCAAAAACACUGCUGAUUUUCCUAUAGAAGCUUCAGCUUCAGGAAAAACUCAGUUGGCGAGAACUGCCCCUGAUACUGGCUGCAGAACAACAUUCCAGGUGUCUCCGUGGCAAGUAAAAAGAACAGAGCACAGCCAAUGUGUCUGAGUGACCCAGGGAGCUGCAGGGCACUUGUGAGUGCAGAUCAAAUAAAGACAGCUCGAUGCAGGCUCUGUAAGCAGCACUAUCAUUAAGAACAUCUAACAGGCCUCUGCUCUCCUGUAUCGUAGUCAAGAAAGGGUUUAAUGCUUAGCUAAUGAGUUUCUUCCCACUACAGCCAAGGAAAGGUCAGCAUGCAGUUUGGUUCCAGCAUCAACCAGAAAACCAAUCUGUUUCUGCCUUUUCAAAGAAUUUUGAUUUUAGCACGCUGACAGCAGAGGAUGCUGUUGCAGCAGCAUGCAGCCAGGAUGUUGUCUUAAAGAAAGUGAUUGGAAAUCAAUCCACUAAUGUCCUUACUUUGACUAUAGCAAAGAAUCAACAGAUGAAUUUAGACUAGGCAUGGAGACUAUGUACAAACACCAAUCACAUCAGGAAAAAAUAACAAUCAAUUGUUCUCAGGUAAACAAGGCAGAAUCAAGUAAGCUUGUAAGUUAUAAUAAAGCCAACAGAUAACCUUGCUGAAGUCAAUAACAUUUCCUUUCAGCAAUUAAAGUGAGACUAUUAAA